AUGGAGCAACCUGCCGUGACGAUAUGGAGGCCACCAAGAGUAUGCGAGGACUAUUGGAGCGAGUUCAGACACUGCAAAAGUCUCACACAUUUUUUUCACCACUACUAUGCCUACGGCACAACCCCAUCCUGCCAACAGUGGAAAGAGGACUACAACUACUGCAGAGAGUGGGAGAAACACAGGAGCAAAGAGGCCAAGGAAGCGCUGCAGAAAAGUGAGAGGAACAGACUGGCACAACAAAAAAACUUCAUCCCAGUGUGGGAACUGAGGCAGGAGCCUCCAAGUGACUGGCAUGCGCCCUUAAACCAGCAAAACAAACAGGACUCCUGA